GCUUAGCAGUUCACUUGCCCAUAUAACUUAGUUCGCGCAGUAAGUUCGCAGUUUAGUGUAGCACGAAAGCCGCUUAGUGUUGUGAAAUAUUUUUCACCAUAUGUCUAGCGAUAGCUAAUUGUGCUCUGUUUCUCAUCAACAUUUCUGGAAAUAUUCAUCACAUAUUUGUUGAAGUUGAGCUUAAACUUGUAGACUACUGACAGAUGAAAUCUAUCGGCAGUAUGAAGAAUGAUGAUAAAUGUUACGAAUAAUUAAUGAAAAAUCGAUCAAAUUUGUGUUUUGUUUUCAAUAAGUUUCUACCUUAGAAGCACUAUUUUAAACCAUGAAAUCGAGAUGUCAAAUCCAACUAUUAAUAAAUUGGGGAGUUUUACUCACGUUUGCGUUACAAUAUAGCUCAACAAUGGCAAGCAAACAAAACUGGCGUCCAAAAGUGUUGGUAACCAACAAGGAAACACCUCCAAAGGGAGUGAAUAUUUUGCGCGAAAAGUGUGACGUAAUCUUUCCGGAAAAUGUUCCAGCAACGAGAGAGGAGAUUCUCAAGCUGGUACCCGGUUGUGACGGAAUCAUGUGGGUUGGACACUAUGCCCUAAAUGGUGAAGUGUUGGACAUCGGUGCGCCAACUUUGAAAGCGAUUUCGACCAUGUCAGCCGGAAUGGAUUACGUAGAUCUAGAGGAGUUCAAGCGGCGUGAUUUUCCGCUCGGGUACACACCGAGCGUUCUGAAUGACGCUGUAGCUGACGAAGCUGUCGGUUUGAUGAUCGCCGCUGGCAGACGAUUCCACGAGGGAAGAUUGAAGAUCGACAACUCGCAAUGGGAUGGUGGACCGCAGUGGAUGUUGGGACAGGAUAUAAAGGGAAGUACCGUUGGUAUUAUCGGGCUAGGCGAGAUAGGGCAGGCGAUUGCGCGCAGACUGAAGGGCUUCGAGGUAGGACAAAUUAUCUACAGUGGAAGAAAGCCCAAACCGGCGGGUGAUAAACUUGGAGCUAAGUUUGCGUCGCAGGAAGAAUUGCUGAGGGAAAGUGAUUACGUAUUCCUUGCUGUACCACUGAACAAUAGUACCCGGCAUUUGAUGAACGAUACUACCCUGAAACAGAUGAAACCGACCGCUGUUUUGAUCAAUAUCUCUCGAGGCGAAAUUGUGGAUCAGGAUGCUCUAGUUGCUGCGCUUAAGAACGGUACCAUUUUCGCGGCAGGGCUCGAUGUGAUGACACCCGAACCAUUACCCGCCGACAAUGAACUUCUGAAACUUCCAAAUGCUGUCAUUGUGCCACAUUUGGGUUCAGCCACCAGAAGAACUCGGGAUGACAUGUCGGUGAUUGCGGCUCACAAUGUUCUCGCCGGCAUGGAAGGUUCCCCGAUGUUGGCUCCCUAUCCCUAUCCGGAUUGAUUGUGCGAUAUUUUAUCUCCUGAGUUGAAACCCGCUUCAAGUAUCGCAUAAAUGAGUAACAUAUUUUACAUGAAACUUUAUGCAAAGAUCGCGCAAAAUAAAAUAUAAUAACAAA